UACAUUCCUGGAGAUUUGGAGGAAAUGGCUUGUUCAUCGAAGAUGAAUAUUAAAAUAUCCUAUAUAUUUAUUGAAAGCUUUUGUAAAGAAGGAUAGAAACAGAGAGUGUAUGCCUUUAUAAAGAGCUGUGUCGCCAUUCUCCUGAUUAAGCCAUCAGUAACUCUUAUCUCUGUUAUUACCGAUUCUUUAGUUGUUUAGUUCAUGUGAAUCUGUAAUUAUAAACAAAUAUACGUCAUAAAACAUAUUAAAAGCAGCAGUGCGGUGAACUUCAUUCAGUUGUGCUCCUUGAUUCAAAACAAUUCAAUAAUGGCUCUUCCAAAAGAUAAUUUAUCGGCUGUCAUAUAUGGCAUCAAUGACCUUAGGCUUGAACAAAGGCCCAUACCAGUUCCAAAGGACAAUCAGGUCCUCCUGGCCAUGGAUGUGAUUGGGAUAUGCGGAUCAGACGUCCAUUAUCUAGUACACGGUAAAUGUGGCCCUUACGUUAUGAAGGGCCCCAUGGUCAUAGGUCAUGAAGCCUCUGGUACUGUAGUGAAGUGCGGAAAGGCCGUAAAGAACCUCAAGCCAGGCGACAAAGUGGCCAUUGAGCCCGGCAUUGGCUGUAGACAAUGCCGUCUUUGCAAAGAAGGCAACUACCAUCUUUGCAACGACCUCACAUUCUGUGCCACCCCUCCGGAUGACGGAAACCUUUCUAGAUACUACGUCCACGACGCCGACUUCUGCUUCAAACUGCCUGACAACAUGGAUUUGGAGGAGGGGGCCCUAAUGGAACCUCUAACAGUAGGUGUGCAUGCUUGCAAAAGGGGUAACGUCAAAUUCGGUUCUGUUUGUCUUGUCAUGGGUGCCGGACCAAUAGGAUUGGUAACUCUUCUUUGUGCCAAAGCUAUGGGUGCGUCCAAAGUCCUUAUCGCUGACAUAGUACAACACAGACUGGACUUGGCCAAGAAGCUGGGUGCUGACUAUACUCUUCUCAUACAGAAGGGGUGGAACGACGUUGACAUUGAGAAGAAAGUUAAACAAUUGUUAGGGGAAGAACCUACUAGUUCGUUCGAUUGCACCGGCCAAGAACAAUGCGUCAGAGUUGCCAUAUCUGCGACGAGAGCAGCCGGUACGGCUGUCCUAGUGGGUAUGGGUAAGACGGAAAUGAAGCUUCCUCUUGCUGGUGCUUUGGUCAGGGAAGUUGACAUCAGGGGCGUUAUCAGAUAUAAUAACGAUUAUCCCACAGCCAUAGAAAUGGUCAAAACUGGCAAAGUAAACGUGAAACCACUCAUUACACAUCAUUUCACCAUUGAAGAUAGUGUUAAAGCUUUCGAAACUGCUAAGACUGGUGCUGGAAAUGCUGUGAAGAUUCUUAUCCACGCCAACCCCAACUGGAAACCAUAGUUUUUAAUACAUAUUGUAUACUUUAAUGUAAGGUAAUCUUACAAACAAUGUUAUUUUUACUCAAAGGGUGUAACAGUAAAGAGCUUUUUCGGCCUUCGUUUGUA